GCAGAUAUUAAACUUAAUUUGGUACUUUACCAAUUUAAUUGUCAAUAAUGUAUUGUCUAUUAUUACUAUGUCCCUAGAUAUUUCAUGGGUCGAAUAAAUAAUGAGAGAGCUAGGCGACAAAAGAAAAAAGAUAUUUUUACGAAUAGUUUAAAAAUGAGUCUAUAAAUUAGAUGAAAGAAGCCCUUUAGUAAAAUUACUUCACACUUGAUACAAUUCUAUCCAAAAUCAACCCCAAACAAUACAGAAGAGAAGAUUAAAAAAAAAAGAUGUGGGAUGAAACUGUAGCCGGACCUAAGCCGGAGCAUGGCCUUGGCCGCCUCCGCAAUAAGAUCACCGCCCAACCCCUUGACAUCAAAGGUGUAGGAGAAGGGAGCAGUAGCAAAACUGUGGCGGCAGUUGCGGGAAGUCCCGGGACUCCGACGACACCAGGAUCGGCGCGUAAGGACAACGUGUGGAGAAGUGUGUUUCAUCCAGGAAGUAACAUCGCCACCAAAGGAAGGGGAACAAACCUCUUCGACAAGCCUUCUCACCCAAACUCUCCCACCGUCUACGAUUGGCUAUACAGCGACGAUACUAGGAGCAAGCACCUUUGAGCCGAUGAGGAUAGAGUGACAUGCGAGUGAUGUAAAAUGUCAUGUCUUCCUUCCGCCACGUGUUUAUGUUCUGUUUCUUCUAUUUUGGCUGUAUUCGCAAUCUUUUAUUUUACUUCUUGUCGUUUAAUUUGUGGAUGUUAGUGACCGUUGAUCUCCACCAUCUGGGUUGGUUUUUAACCUUUAACGGUAGCGAUGCGUCUUCAGUGUCUUGUAAUGUUUCUACUGUUCGGUAAUAUACUAAUAUAACUAUUUAGCUUCUAA